GAAACACCGUUGCACAAAGCCUGUGCACACGGCAAGCCGGAGGUUAUAGAAUUUCUGCUUCGAACGGGUUCAGAUCUUCUUGCCUUGUCAAAUAACAACAGGACAUGUCUGGACAGUGCAGUAGCAAGUAAUUUCAGCAGAAUUGCUCAGCCUGCGGCUAGACUAAGGGCAAUUAUCCGCCAUCUUGAGAGCCAGUACCCAGAGGAGCAGAAGAAGGUAAUGGAAAUUGUUCGACAUGCCGCUGACAAGGAGACUGCUACCCCUCACAACCGUCGUUUUCUUCAGACUUACCUUCAGCUGGAGGAAUUUUAUUCCGAAGGGCAAGUGGACGCUAAUAAUCUAGUUGUUCUAGUUAGCGGGGAACAACUUGUUGGGAAGUCGACACUGAUCAAGACAUUGAGAGAAGAAGGGAACAACGGCACAUCAAACGACUCGAAACGAACCCGAGGCAUCCAGAUGUCCAACUUCACUGAUAAUCUUGGUCAGCAUUUGCGUAUCAAAGAUCUCGCUGGGCAGGACGCGUUUUCAGCGACACACGACAUUUUCUGCCUAUCCACAUCAGUACCAAGCCUCGGUCUUGCUGUUGUCAAUAGUAAAUGGGACGAGAAACUGAUUACAACAAGCAUAACCACCACAGUUGGUCGGUUUUUGAGCCGGAGGCCACCAUCGGUAACAUCAGACCAGCCGUUCAAUGUCAUGAUCAUUGCGACCUUCCGCGACGAGAUCAAGAGAGAGGAUCAUGGAGAACUUGCUGCAAAGCUUGCCACAAGCUAUAGUAGUGUCAAGGUGGAGUUUGGUGAUAAACUCCACUUUCACGGACCCUUUGCUAUCAAUGCCACCGUCAAUGACACAAGCUUCGACCGCCUGAGAGUAAAACUUUCUGUGGUUUGCACAGAUAUCCUGAGCAAAUCUUGCAAGCAACCCAAAGUGCUCGGGCAGGCAGAGGAAGUACUGGCACAACUGCACGACAACAUCCGUGAGCCAUUCUCAACAAGUCGGCAGUUCUCUCGACAGCUUUGUGCUGCUAGCAACGUAGAGUAUGAUGACGAUGAAGAUAGCAUCAACACCGCACAAAUCCGUCGAUAUCGCAAGAUCCUCAAUGCGUAUGGUCUGAUUGUUUCUUUCUCAUCACCUGAGCUGGACGACAUCAUUGUUAACCGACCCAACUGGUUGCUCUCCACGGUCAUUGGUCUGAUAUUUGCACCACCUGGGCUUGACGAUGAAGUUAUGCUCCACUUCAAAGAUGGUGUUGCAAAGGUCCAGGAAGUCCUUGACAAGCUUAACAGCUGCGAGGGAGCAGAUCGCCAAGGCCCUCUGCUGCUGCAGAUGGUAAUACAACUAGGUGUGUUGCUGCAGGAGAAAGAAAGGAUCCUGGCACCUAGCCGUCUUCCGACCGCUGACAACUGCCUCGGCUCACUGGCCAAGAAAGAUUCAUCAUCUCGGUCGGCGUGCGCAGGAGUCUCUUUCACGACUCAGCACUGCUUCUCCACUGCUCUUGUUAUCCGGCUACAGACAGAGCUGUACGCCUAUUUCCACGAGCUUCACGGCAUUCCUGCUGAGCUCUGGAAGAAUCUGGUGGUAGUGGCUCCAGUCCAUUCUACAGCCCGUGGUUGCAUCUCCGUCACGGACAGCCUGCGCCAAGCUGUCGCUGUUGUCCAUGCGCCCGUAGAAGAUACGCUAGACGGCUAUUGUCUGCUGGCUCUGUUGCGCAAGGUGUUUGGUGACCUGGCAGCACAGUAUAGCCCGGGUACUAGCUAUUCCACAAGCAUCAUCAGCUCUGCUUCCAUUCGUCAGCACCUCCACGAGCCAAGCGACAAGUUUGAUUUCGCUGUGUACGAUGCAGAGGAAGUCCGAUCAUCCGUAGCAACAAAGGUUCAUCUCUCCACUAGCCAACGUUACGUUGAUCGUGCCUCGCUUCUUCUCGAAUGGCCGGUCAACCAUGCCUCACUGCUCUCUGCACAGUCCUUUGAGUCCAUCCGAGAAAGCCUUGGUGAGUCCGACCUGCCUGCGCUAGACACCUGCCUGGGCCUUACAUCAUCAUCUUCAUCACGUGAGCACAGUAAUCAUCUACACGCUGCAGCAGCAUCGGUCCACAGCUGGGCAGUUACCGACUACCAUCACACCUCGACCAAGCUUCACCAGCUGCUAGUGAAAUCACCGAACGCCCAGCGCUUUGCAAAGAUCUGCAAGGUGCUACGGCAGCAUGAAGAACUGCUGACCACCGAUUUCCCGGACAUAUUCCGGAAGCGUAGGGUGCAAGCCGUCCAGCCGGUCUCUGCCAGAGCUAUUUCCUCGACUGUUCAAUCAGACUCCGCGGAGAGCGUUCCUUCGAACAGCCAGUCACACUCUGAUCAAGCCAGUCAGUCCACUGCUGCUCGGCAAGAUGAUGCUGGCCAUGCUGAGCAUCACGCUGCUGAUGGCAGCUGUGGAAUUUUCCUAUCCACUUCACCACUCCAUGCCAUGUGGUCAACGGACGAACGCAUUGCAAACCUGUAUCAGGAGGAUGAAGCGGAGCUCUCUGAAGAAACGGAGACGUUCUUGGAUAACCCAUUCGACCAUGCCAUCUUCAUAACAAAAAUCCACAUCUGGCUGAAAAAGCUGGAUGCUAAUGGCCUGCGUGACAAAGCACAGGAGUACGGCUUCUUAGCUUUUGGUCAGAUUGAAAAGCUCAAACUGACCCUGAGGAACCACGGUGGCAGAGAUCACAAUUCUGAACUACUGGAUAUUAUCAUGGCACAGGAACGUGAUGGCUACAUCAAGCUGUGCAAGAUCGUCAAGGGUUAUGGACAGUACACAACGCAGCUUGAGCAGAUGAACAGUUUGCUGACGGAGAGUGAUCGAGUCUAAUCAGGUCAGUCAUCAGCACACUCCUAUCUCAUUACAUCACCACUGCCGGUUGCCAUGACAACUGCUUGAAAAUUGUUUGGCUGCUUGAAGGUCCUCCCAUUACCAAAUAUUUAUAAACUCGUCUCGUGAAAAAUUA